AUGGAAAACUUUGAUCUUAAACCUGUCCAUCACCCUACCGUCCGCUCUAAGAACCGUUGUAUUUGCUUCAGUUCUGCUUCUCCGCCGUCGAUCUCCCGUAUCGCGCAACCUCCCAUCUCUGCCAUCAACCAGUUCUUCGCAUCCCCCACCAUCCGCUUCCUCUCCACUUCCACACGCCGCGUCCCCACCAUACCUGAAAAGGUCAAUAUCGGGGCCCAAGCCCGCCAGCUCCAGACCCGCCGUCUCUGGACCUACGCCUUAACCUUCGGUUGCGUUGCGGGAUUUGUAGUUUUAGUUCUCAACAAUUUUCAAGAUCAAUUAGUUUUCUACGUUACCCCAACCGACGCCCUCGAAAAAUACACGAAAAAUCCUUCGAAAACGAAGUCCAGACUCGGCGAUCUGGUUCUGGAAGGAAGCGUGAUUCAGCCGGGUUCUUGUAAAGAAAUGGAGUUUGUCAUUACCGAUUUGAUAACCGAUAUUUUGGUUCGGCACGAAGGUUCUCUACCGGAUUUGUUUAGAGAUAGACAUUCCGUUGUGGUUGAAGGAUUUGUUAAGCCGUUUACGGAAGAAAUUAAAAGGGACGUUUCUUCGAGGAGCGUUUCUACGAAAGCAAGGAGCGGCGACUGUUACUUUUCGGCCACCGAGGUUCUUGCCAAGCAUGACGAGAAGUAUAUGCCUCAAGAAGUUGCAGCUGCCGUUGAGAAGAACAAAAAGAUUAUUGAAGAAGGAGCCAAGGAAUCGAUGGUUUGACAUUGGUAUGACUGACAAAUUUUCUUAUGGUAAUUCUUUGCUUUAUUUGGAGGCUUAUUCAUUUUGAUUGGAAUUUUUGUAAACUUAUCGGCUGAGAUUGAAUCAUUGAAUAGAUGGAGAAUUAAUUUUUUAAUGGAAUUAUAAUACCA